AUAUGAUUCAAUCGUGCCAUCACUAUCGAUGACUUUAGUGGACACUUAAGGCUGUAUAACUCAUAUUUUGUGGCAAAAGAAAAUUGAGCUUAUCGGAAAAAUGACACAAAUGUCUCAAGACGAGAUUAUUAGCAAUACAAAAACUGUUUUGCAGGGCUUAGAAGCUCUGCGCGUGGAACAUGUUUCUAUUAUGAAUGGUAUAUCAGAAGUACAAAAAGAUAAUGAAAAAUCUGACAUGUUACGAAAAAAUAUUGAAAAUAUUGAGCUUGGAUUAAGUGAAGCACAAGUGAUGAUGGCUUUAACAUCUCACUUACAAAAUAUUGAAGCUGAGAAGCAGAAACUCAAAACACAAGUGCGACGCCUUCAUCAAGAAAAUGCAUGGCUCCGAGAUGAACUUGCUAAUACCCAGCAAAAAUUUCAAACAUCCGAGCAGUUAGUAGCACAACUAGAAGAAGAAAAAAAACAUUUGGAGUUUAUGGCAUCUGUAAAAAAAUAUGAUGAUAACCAGGAUCAAGAUGAGUCGUGCGAAAAGACACGGAAUGACCCUGUAGUUGAGCUUUUUCCUGAUGAAGAAAAUGAUGAGAGAAGUAACUUAUCUCCAACUCCACCAAGUCAGUUUGCAAAUCAAACAUCGGGCUAUGAAAUUCCAGCUAGGUUGCGUACGCUCCACAACUUAGUUAUUCAAUAUGCAUCACAGGGCAGAUAUGAGGUGGCCGUACCUCUCUGCAAACAAGCAUUAGAAGAUCUCGAAAAGACAAGUGGCCAUGACCACCCAGACGUAGCCACAAUGUUAAAUAUAUUGGCUCUUGUUUACCGUGAUCAAAACAAGUACAAGGAAGCAGCGAACUUAUUAAAUGAUGCGUUGUCUAUUCGAGGAAAGACACUUGGAGAAAACCAUCCUGCCGUGGCUGCUACUUUAAAUAAUUUAGCGGUAUUGUAUGGUAAACGUGGUAAAUAUAAGGAUGCAGAGCCACUUUGUAAACGUGCUCUUGAAAUUCGUGAAAAAGUUCUCGGUAAAGACCACCCAGAUGUGGCAAAACAACUCAACAAUUUGGCAUUACUUUGCCAAAACCAAGGCAAAUACGACGAGGUCGAAAAAUAUUACCAACGAGCACUGGAUAUUUAUGAGUCAAAACUUGGUCCAGACGAUCCAAACGUUGCCAAAACUAAAAAUAAUUUAGCUGGAUGUUAUCUCAAGCAAGGAAGAUAUACAGAAGCUGAAGUUCUUUAUAAGCAAGUUCUUACUAGAGCACACGAGCGUGAAUUUGGAGCAAUUGACAGUAAAAAUAAACCAAUUUGGCAGGUAGCUGAAGAGCGCGAAGAACAUAAAUAUGAUAACCGUGAAAAUACUCCAUAUGGCGAAUAUGGUGGAUGGCAUAAAGCUGCAAAAGUUGAUUCGCCAACUGUAACAACAACCCUAAAAAACCUGGGGGCACUUUAUAGGCGACAAGGAAUGUUUGAAGCUGCAGAAACACUUGAAGACUGUGCAAUGCGUAGUAAAAAGGAAGCUUACGAUUUAGCGAAACAAACCAAAGUGGCACAACUUCUAACAUCAACUGAAAAACGUCGAUCUAAGCAAAUGAAGGAAGAUAUGGAAUUUUCGGACGAGAAAACAAUGAAACCUUAAAAAGCGUUCUAUGCCUUCUAUCCGAUGGUUCGUCGACUAUUUAACAUUAUUUUAACAAUAUUUAUUCAUUCCUUAAUAUUAAUUGAAUCUAUAUUUUUCAUGUCAGUGAAAACAUAUAAAACUAUAUGUGAAACGCAUAUUGCCUUAGUUUCUCAAUGUAUUUUCAAGCUGCACAUAAACAAAUUUAAUUCAAUAAACACAAA